UUGCUAGCGGCAAGGCCAGUCAGCCGGAGAAAGGUCCCGGGAAAAGGAAGAGCUGCUACAGCAUGACAGCCUCGCCAGAGUGAACUACCGCUCUGGCGGCUGGAGACUUGGCUUUCUUUUCAGGGAGCAGAUAAAACUCAACAGAGAAGAACUGGCUUGUGAUGCUGCAGAAGAAGACAUUCUUUGGAGGUGACCCUUUGACAAUUCCACCUAUAUGAAGAAUGGCCUUCAUGACAUGAAGGGGUGUCUCCAAAAAGUGUGAAGAGUGUAGAGGAUUUUAAGGAUGGAUUACUUUCGGGUCAGCAUUUUUCUCUUUACCCUGAUAUUAUCUAGAGGCAUCACUGCUGACACAGAGAACAGAAACCCAGAUUCAGGAUUAGAAAUCUAUAAGAAGCUGUUUGAAGUGAAGCGCAAAGACCAGAUGAAUGCACUGAAGAACCUGAUUGAACUCAAUGAUGUGAAUCAGCAAUACAAGAUCAUAGAUAUCAUGCUCAAGGGUCUUUUCAAAGUUCUUGAAGAUUCACGGGCAGUGCUUAUAGCAGCAGAUGUUCCUCCAGAUGGGCCAUUCCCUCAAGAUGAGAAGCUGAAGGAUGCAUAUUCCCAUGUGGUGGAGAACACUGCUUUUUUUGGUGAUGUAGUCCUGCGAUUCCCGAAAAUAGUGCACCAUUACUUUGAUCGCAACUCCAACUGGAACAAUCUAAUCCGCUGGGGGAUCGGCUUCUGUAACCAGACAGGCGUAUUUGAUCAAGGUUCCCACUCACAAGUACUUGGAUUGAUGGCUCAAGAGCUGGGAAUUAGCGAAAGGUCUCCAGACUACCGGAAUCCUUUUAAAACAGACAACUCUGAAUUUUUCCCCACUGCAGACACAUUCCAGAAGGCUCUCCGGGAGGAAGAGAAGCGAAGGAAGAAAGAAGAGAAACGGAAGGAGAUCCGCAAGGGGCCUCGCAUCUCGCGCUCGCAGUCUGAGUUGUGAUUCCGCUGCCACCUGUCCUGUCGCUGUGACUUGCGCUGGUGGGAGUUGAAGCAGCUGGAAAGGAACAUCCUUUGGUGACCUCAGGAAAAAUGCCAGGAUGUUGGAAGUUCCAUCUGUUGGGUUUCGGACGUUUAAUUUUGUUUUUCAACAGGACACUGGAUUGAGCCGUGGGAAAUGCCGAGAUGGAGAUCACGGUCUUUGAGCACAUCUUCCUUUGUGUGAAGACUUUUCAGAGUCCCUGGAAUGUACAGAGUUUGUCAGAGACCAUUCUUUGUGUCUCUGUGUAUUUUUGUUUUCCUGUGGUUUUGCCACUUUGUAAUGCUAAGAGUUCUUUGGGGCAGGAGGAGGAAGAGAAUUUAUCUGGUGCAGGCUGCUUCUACAGUUUAUAACACAGAAUGCUGUGUAUUGCCAUGCAGUCAGGCUGGUAAUGUGGCACAGCUACAAGAGGUUGGGUUUUUUUUCUGGGCCCCUCUUGGUUAUAUGAUACUUCCUUCUUGUCAGAGUUUUCCUCCAUCCCAGAAGAUUGUUAAACCUUAAAAAUGGCUAAUUUGUGUAAACCGCCCAGAGAGCUCCGGCUAUUGGGCGGUAUAGAAAUGUAAUAAAUAAAUAAAUAAUUUUGGCUUGAAGCCUGUGCACAGUGAGGGAGUGCCUUCAACUUAACAAGGGAAUAAAGCACUGAGGUAAAGCAACUUCUGCCUGUGGACCUGUAUGAGCUGACUUUGUAGGCAUAGGGUCUUGAUGCAACUGGUAACAGCCACAAUUUUGUCACAAACAGCGUUACCAACACUACACAGUGGUACAUUUACUGAAAAGGUCAUGGAGAUGGAUAUUUCAUUCCCCUUAGGAUGAAGGGAGCUUAUUUGUUCUCUGUGUGAGGCACAAAGAGAGCCGGGGAGUAUUGGUUAUAUAAAUUGCAUUUGGCGCGUGUUCUUCAGUAACUAAGGAAUCAAACUGCUGUGCCCAUGACUGCUGACUUUUUGCUUUCCACUAGAUGUCCUUCCUUCAGUUUAUAGUAACUUUGAUAUUUUGGUGGUGGCCUUUGUUUUGAAAUAUCAUGAGAUACCAGUUUGCCAUGGUUGUAACACUGGGGGAAAGCAGAGAGUCUGACAGCGUGAUUUUCUUCUCUAUUCUUUUUCUCCUCUUACCAUUAUAUUAAGAAACCAACCAAUUGUGUAUUCAUCAUGUGAUUAGUGAAAUUCUGAGGGCAUCUUUUUACUAGUCUACUGCCUUAUUGCUCCACAGGAACAAGUUGCCUUUCUUGAUCUUUUCAAGCAUUCCAUAUAGGCUUGUACCUGGAGCCAAAUUCAUUUCAGAUUCCAACUCUACUAUUAGUUUUAUAGAAGAGAUCAGCUGACGCUGGCCACAAUAUGAUCAGUGCUUUCUUUCCAAUCUACACUUCUCCAUUGGUGAGCUGACUUACGGAUUCGCACACUGAUUCACACGCAGGCACUCUGCGGGCAUUUGUUAUAGGACCACUAUGACGUUUGGCACAAUUGGUUGCUUUUGUUUAGGACUGGGAUUGAUUCACACCAGCAGAACUCUCUCUGAAUUCACAUGAGUAUUUUGCUUCUCCUAGCUCUGAUGGCCCCUCACUGUCACGAGUAGUUCUACAACUUGGUAGACUUCUUGCACCUAUCAAGGCUGGCUUGAGAUAUAGAUUUCCUUUGCUGCCCUUGACUGAAUUGCACAGCUCUAGAACGUAGCUUGCUCGUGCCAGUGGAAGAUUAUUUUGUGGGGAGGGAAGGUUUCUUUCAGGGGACACUGCAGUUUGCAGAAAUGGAGAUGACUUUUAUUUUCUAAACAGAGAGCCAGUUAUGCUUGGUUUCUUUUUGGAUAUGUAUCUAAACUGGAAAUUGACCUUGCUUUUCUUGAAUAAAAUUAGAAUUUUUU